CUUCUUGAUAUCCCUGGUUGAUUAAUUUUCUGCUUGCUGACUAUUUUGAUCAAAUUCAUUGAUGGCAUAUUACCAAAGCUUCUAUCAGGGAAUAAGGAGGAUGAUAUUACUGAGAAGACCUUUCUUAUGCCCAUUAUCAGGGUGAUUUCCCCUUCCCCCACAAUAUUAAAGGGAGUGUGAAAUUAUAAUUUUAUAAAUGCCAUCUUUUGUAUCCCCCCCCCAUCUCUAUUACACAAAUAUACCACAGCCUGAAUAAACACAUGUAUGGUCCCCUUCCCCUACCGGUUAAUUAACUAAAGCUUUAGUUGAUUAAUCUAUCAAACUGAUUAAACCUGCAGUCCUGUACCUGGGUGCAAAUCCCAUUUGAUUCAAUGGAACUCACUUAUCGGUAGAAAUGAACAGGGUUAAACUAUAAACCUGGAGCAGUACAAAGGAGAAAACUGGAGGUUCAGAUCUGAUCUGUAGCAUCCUUAGGCAAUUAACCUGUGUAGGUGAAGAAUCCCUUUUACUACAGUAUUCAAAGUGAUUAUUAUGCAAAAAGAGGUGAAAAUGCAUUGUGGAAUGGAUAAAUAACCAUACACUUGUGAACUGAACCAACACAAUGGAUUAAAAAAUAAAUAAAUCACCCUACAUGUAUUAUUUAACUACUUAUAUGUGUGAAUGAUCACUGUUAAUAAAAUAUAAUUAUUAUCUCCUGUCCUUUUGGGGGGCAUUACCUUUCCUUCUGAUCUCACAGUAUACCAUUCUGCUGCAACCACAUACUGUCCUGGUAUGUAUAUAGAACUCAGUAUAGCACUUAAUGAUAGUUGCCCACGAAAGCUUAUGUCAUAAUAACUUUGUUAGCCUUCCUCUUUUUUUGCACCGUGAAGCCUAACCUUUGAUUGAACUUCCUCCGUUCAGCUCACAUGUGAACAUUUCAUAAGUGCAGUCAUUUGACAAGAAGAGAUGACUGGCGUUUGUGUGUAAACUAGGAAAGUGUGCAGCUUGGGAAGCCAACAAAUGCUUUUUUUUGCUUCAGGACUCGCCAUCCACGUCCCCAGCCUUGCAUCAGUCAGGAAGCUGCUUUUCAAAGAAAUGUACUUUCGCUUGUUCAGGCUUCCUGUGGAAUGUCAGUGGGCUGGUGCUGAUGGAAGAUGUGUGCAAAAUUCAUCUUUUGCCAUCUCAGCUGCGCGGUGCGUGCUUGGGAUUUUGUUUCUUUGAGCGGAACGAGACAAAGAUGGGGCGAGUUAAAAGUUGCAGAAAAAGCACAGAUUAUACGGGGAAUGGUAAGCAUCUUUUGCUUACCCCUGGACAAUAUCAACAACCGUUUGUGGCAAUGUGGCUGCCGCAGCAAUAGCAGACGAGCAUGCUAGAAAUGACUUUGCAAAAGGUAAAAUAAAAAAAAAUUCCUUCAGUAGCACCUUAAAGACCAACUAAGUUUAUAUUUUGGUAUGAGCUUUCGUGUGCAAAAGGUGUGUUUGAUAUCUCCUUUGUUUUCCAUUGCCCCUUCUCACGCUCUCACGAUCACUCCUCUUUCUUCCAAACCCAGGUUUUCUAUUUAUUUUAUAAGUUUAUUGCAGUUGGUAUAUUGCACCUUUUCCUCCAAGACGUUCUCCCUCUUCUCAUUUCUUCCCCACAAUAACCCUGUGAGGUAGGAUAGGUUUGAGAGGCAGUGACUGGCCCAAGACUACCCAGUGAACUUCAUGGCCAAGAGGGGAUUUGAACCCUGAUCUCCCAGGUUAUAGUCCGACACUCUAACCACUACACCAACACUGGCUCUUAAAGGAUCUGCCGCCACAAUUCAUAUACCCUCCCCCAAGGCAAAGUAGGUUCGCCUUUACUGGAAGAGCAAAUAAUUGUCUGCCUGAGACUGUAUAUUUUCCCUUUCACAAUUGAGAGCACAAGCUUUGGGUGUUUUGCUGUGAGAGUUUCGCUUGGGGCAGCCUGUGCAUGAUUUCUCUCCCCCCCCUCACCCAGAUGCGCUUCCGUAGCAUUGGGAAAUUCACUCCCAGGCCUUCCCGAGGCUAAGUGAGUUGAUGGUGCUUGUCAGAAACAUGGCACAACGAGGCUGGUCACAAUGCUUUGAAAUCCAAAGCCAGAAUUGAGAUGCUAAUUCUGACGGGAGUCUUCCAAAUUUAGAAGCUGUCAGAUGGUUCAGUUCAUCCCAUGGCAGUGCUUCACAUGAAAGGCAGGAGAAUAUGCUGGAGAGAAGUUUUUACACUGGACUUGUGGGCAUGCAGACUCAGAGCUAAAAUUUGCUAGUAAUCUUUCUCUGAGGGGUGGGGAACGGUCCCCUCUUUGCCCAAGGUAUGGCGAUUAAAUAGUCCGGCUUGGUUCAAGCCUGUAUCAAGAGCAGCGCAACAGAUAAUGGCAGUAGAAAAUUUGAAUCAUUAACCCGAAGAGGAAAACCCUCACUGUCAAAGUCUAGCCAAUAUUUUUAGCUCCUGCCGCCCCAAGCUUUGCAUUACGCUGAUUAGCCUAUAUUUGUAUAUGUGAGAAAGUUAAAAAUAAAGCCAGUGGAAAGCGGCAACCCAGUAAUAAACACUCUACUUGAUAUGGAGGUUUGGGAAUGGUAAAAAUUUCAACAGUUCUCCUCCCUCGGCCUCGUUCCCGGCUUUCUCUACCCUUUAGCAUUGGCUGCAAGAUCCAUGGCUAAGGAAAAGGACAUUGAAGGACAUAUUUCUUCUCACCAGCAAUCCUUUGGAAAUAAGUAGGCUGCUGUAAAUCUCCAGAACACAUGGUUGUGAAAUGGCGUUUCAGAGAGAAUUCUUUUGCAAGCAUGUGGUGCAAUCUUGGAAAAAGAGCGCUCGAGAAAUCCUCUUGGGUGAUAACAGGCAAUAUCAAAACAUGUAGCAACAUGAGCACGCAGCAAGGAUUGUGGGCCAGGCUGGAGAAAGCUUUGUAGUUUUAGUGCAUUGAGAUGAAUGAUUAAACAUGACUUCUGACUCUCGGUGUUUGUGUUUCCCAUAUCCAGGCUUUCGCUCUGUUGGUACAUGCUGGUGGGAGACCCAUAAAGAGAUUAUCCCGGGAUGGUAGAUCACUUGCUUCCUGCGGAUGAGUCCUUCUCAUCUGCAAGGCCUCUUCUCGGAUACUUUGGGGACAUGACAGCAAUCGGCAGGUCGUACCACAUGCUGCCGUCCCCCUUGUCGGAAGAUGACAGCGACUCUUCGAGUUUUUGCUCUUGUUCCAGUCCCGAUUCCCAGGUCCUUAGCUCAAGCUGCGGGAGCUCAUCGAGUGCCGAGAGCCAGGACAGCAUCUUGGACUACUUGUUGUCUCAGGCAUCCUUGGGGAAUGGCCAUGCCUCUUGGUGGGACAAAAGGAGACUUCAGCCUCUUGUGAAGGAGGAGCAUUAUAGGAUGCCUGAAUUCACAGUGGAGAUGGAGGAUUCGGGACCAUUCCAGCCCACCCUGGAGGAAAUCGAGGAGUUUCUGGAAGAGAACAUGGAGACAGAGCUCAAGGAAGGACCGAAAAGUGAGACCAAAGACAUGAGAGCUUGUGGCCAGGUAACUGUGGCUUCCAUGCAGCCCAAAGAUCAUAUGCUCCCCAGUAUUAGUUUAAAAGAUAGCAAAAGCGAACAGUCAAGCAGCACGACGGAUACAUCAAACGGAGCUAUGUCCCUCGAUGGGGGGAUCCCAGUCAUGCUCCAAAUCCAACCAGUGCAAGUUAAGCAAGCAUCAAACCCAAGCCCUAGUUCACAGGGACCGGCGCAAGAGAACAUUAAAAUUGCACAGCUCCUGGUCAACAUCCAAGGGCAAACGUUUGCACUUGUGCCACAGCUUGUUCCAUCGUCCAACUUGAACUCCUCCUCCAAAUUUGUCCGCAUAGCCCCAGUUCCGAUCGCUGCAAAACCAAUCGGGCCUGGAGGUACGAUCCAGGGGCAAACGGGGGUCAUCAUGGGUCAAAAGUUUCAAAAGAACCCUGCGGCAGAGCUCAUUAAAAUGCACAAAUGUACUUUUCCCGGAUGUACCAAGAUGUACACCAAAAGCAGCCACUUGAAAGCCCACCUGAGGAGGCACACGGGGGAGAAACCCUUUGCGUGUACGUGGCCUGGUUGCGGAUGGAGGUUUUCACGAUCAGAUGAACUGUCCCGGCACAGGCGCUCGCAUUCUGGAGUGAAGCCGUACCAGUGCCCCGUGUGCGAGAAGAAGUUUGCUCGGAGCGACCAUUUGUCCAAGCACGUCAAAGUCCACCGGUUUCCUAGAAGCAGCCGCUCGAUGCGCUCAGUGAACUGAGGGGGGGGGGUCUUACUUGCUCCUUUACCCAAGAACAGGAACUGGCAGAACUUUGUUUCGGUAUCCUCUUCACGAUAAUUUAUUUGUCUCCCUGUAACAGCUGAUGCCAUGACUUCACACACAUCUAUUGUUUUAAAAGAAAAAGGAAAAAAAAACCACCCACCACCUUUACCUUAUUUCUUUUCCUUUCCUUUGCUGCUGCUUCUUCCUUUUGAAAUUACAGUGUUUUAUUUUUAGCUGUUUUCUCCUGCACCAUGAUAACUUAUGGGCUACUUGCUGCUAGUUAAUUAUAGUUCUGGCAUUCCUGAAGGCUUUGCUCAUGUACAGGGCUAUUCGUUGUGAGGGGUAAUUUUUU